AUGGCUCAGUCCAAAUACGACGUCACCAUUGUAGAUGCAGAAACACUUAAUGUACUUUUAAUAGGAAGAUCGCAAUGUGGUAAAUCAGCACUUGUGGAGGCUUUAAAAAAUCCACGGUAUUGCAGGACAAAUGCAAGUGUUUCCAUAACACGGCAGGCUAAAUGUCAUUCGAUGGUUAUGACCACUGAAGAUGGCCAAGGAAAAAAACACUAUCAAUUAAAUGUUAUUGACUCACCUGGUUUAAAAGAAGUUUCUUGGGAUAAAGAGCACCAGCGUACAGACGAAGAACUAUUAGCCCUAGUUCAACUAUGUAUUGAACAAAACAUAACCACAAUAAAUUGUGUUUGCUUCGUCUCCAUAGCUGGUGAAACACAUCAAUUGGAUAUUGAUAUUUUCGAAAAAUUGAUGGAUUUCUUAGGUCCAGAACUUAGUGCUAACACAAUAAUGCUUUUAACGCAUUGUGAACAAUACACAGAUGCAAAAUUGAAAGAAUUCCAGGAUAAUAUUAGAGAUCAUAAGGGUAGUGAAAGAGCUUUCCGUUAUUGUCGAUUGGGUUUGUUAUAUCAUGGUCUUCUCCAUUUUGAUGAACUGCAAACAUAUACUCAUAAUCAACUAUUGUACGAUGAAAUUGUGGAUCAUAAGCUUGCGUUAAUUACUCCACACCGAUUGAAACUGAUUCAAUGCCUGGUAUCGACAGCUGGAAAGCAGAAACCGAUUAAAAUGAUACAAGAAAUACUGAACUCAGCUGAUGAAAGACAUAGAGUUGUCUACAACUACCUAAAUAGCCCAUCCAGAUGCACAAUGAUGUGA